CAGGGAGGGGAGGUCCGGACGCCUCAUUGACAGCCCGUCGCGCCGUCCAGCUGCGGGCGAGGAGCAGCGCGCGCGGACGGUAUCCACGCAGGUUUAACAGAUCGAACUUCGAAUUUUUCUCUCACAGUCUAUGUCUUGGAUGCUGACGUCAUGGUUAAGUAAGACAUCAGUUUAUGUGAGAAAGAGAAAAGUGAACUCCAUAAACAACUACCCCACUGCAAAGAAACAUUCAAGAUGUUUUUCAAGCAGGACAUGAAACAUGUCAAACACAUGCUUCUUGUCUCACUUUUUAUUGCUCUGCCUGUUGUUCGCACGUGCGGCGGGCCUGGCUAGCGUGCAGCUGGUGCUGCCGCCGGCGGUGGCCGCGGGAAGCUCGGCCACGCUGCUGUGCCUCUACGACCUGCAGCGCGCGCCGCUCUACUCCGUCAAGUGGUACCGCGGCAGCUUCGAGUUCUACCGCUUCGUGCCCGCGGACCGGCCGCCCAAGCGCGCCUUCCCCUUCCCGGGACUCGUGGUCGACCUGCGGAGGUCCGGCGACCGGCAGGUGACCCUGAGGGCCGUCCCGCUGCACCUGGCCGGGGUGUUCACCUGCGAGGUGUCUGCUGACGCGCCCUCCUUCUCCACGGACACGGCGCGCGGCGAGCUGGCGGUCGUCGACGUGGACCACCUCUCGCCGGAGAUAGCGGUGGAGAAAAGGCUGACGAGUCACGGGUACAUCUUCGCUGCCAACUGCACGACAGUGUCUCCCGAGCCCGAGGUCACACUUACCUUCUUCGUCAACGACGUGGUAGUGGCGAGUGAGCGGGUGGUCAGCGGCGCGACGCUGCAGGUGGACGUGGCGUGGCCUGGCCUGCAGGAGCGCCUGUGGCUGAGGUGCGAGGCUGUGACGCGGGGCUGGCUGCGCGCGGCCAGUCGCUCCGUCACCGUGUGUCGCCGCCAGCGCUCAGGAACAUCCGUGCAACGGCUUUCAGCAGGAACGUACUUUUUCUUAGUCUGGCAGUGUUACAAAUUGAUGCAAUAAAUUUCUUAUGCGCGUUAUAAAAUACAAUAAAAAUGUUAUUGCAUUUAUAUUUUAGAAUGAGACUUUAAGAACUGGGAAACUUAACCAUUUAUUUAUAACGUUAAUGGUAGUUGCUAACCAAGAUGAAAAAAAUCAUUUAAAUGCACUUGGAAACACUUUCAAAUCACCCAAACAUUCCACUGUACUAAACUAUGCAUUUUUUGAUGAAAAUGACUUUUGAAAUGAGUACUUCGCCUUGCUGUGAAUUUAACAGAACCGAACAUGAUAUUUUGAACCAGCUAAGGGAAUACUAGGCCAAGACAAGAACGAAACACGGUCUUACGCCCUUCCUGAUUCACAUACAAUUAUAGUGACGAGCCUCAGGGGACUCAAGCUAGUUCAUACUUGCUUGUAAAGAAACAAAGAGGGUUCCAUGCAAAUAGGUUUAUAUUUUCUAAUAACAGGUCAUAACACAUGCACAUAGAGCACAUCUGCACAGCAGACACAAAGCAAAUCGUACGUACAAUUAAAAUCUCAAUCCUGAAUAUUACGAACGUGACUGAUAACAAUAUUAAGAGCUGCAGACAUUACAAUCCCAAAUGAUUAAUAAACAAAAAUUAAUAGUUUCAGAAAUUACAGUAAUGAUUACUAAACCAUGAGGCCUCAUUAAAUACAGGAAAUACAAAUCAUAAAUAUAGAAUGAAAAUAAUGCAGAGAUUACUGAUUAAUGCUAGGCCCAAACCUCGCGGCAAUGACCCACACAGUUAAUUCACAGGUUCCCUUUAGACCGUGCAUGUCGAGUCCCACUGAACAAUUUAAAGUGACAGGCCUCUAAGACCUCGCAGCCACUAAGUCAAAAUGAAAGUUAGCCUUUCCGGCAACGGACAACUGAGCAGGGGUAGGUUUUUGCAUGACUAACCGAAGACUGAAGAAACAUGGCCCAGACAGACAUUAAUUCGAAAUGGAAUUUAGAAGGACGGUGCCAAACGAAAAUUUGGAAUAAGGCCGCAAUCUAUUAAGUCAACUUACAUGGCACGCCGUCCUCGUGCCCACAGUCCAAAAAGGAUCCCCUGCUGCUACCUCCACAUGUUGGUCCGUUCCCCGCUCGCUCAAGAAGACCCCCAUACCUCUCAAGCUUCACGUUCACAGCUCGGCGAACUAACAGAGCAGGCGCGGAGGGGAAACGUUGACACUACACCAGGGGAAGGGGGAACAAGGAGGGGAAACAUCUCAGUCGAGGCGGAUCUCUAAAGCAUUUUCGGCACACCGUCGAUGUCUUUCAUGGGAGACCCCGGCGCUGGCUCAACCUCCCAUGCUAAAAGCCCCGAGUAGGCGACCAGCUCCAAUGUCAAUCGGCAAACAUGCGCGGUAUUCUCGCGCUACUGUCCUCCCCGAUCAUCCCUCGUCAUCAAUUCGGUCCGUAGAUGUCGAAGAAAGCGGAAGCCUCCUGGCUUCUAAAGUGAUGAAGAGUAGACAGAAGAUGCGAAGUUGAGCCAUAAAUGAAGAAGUAGGCCCAGCCUCGAAGAAGGGAUUGCUAGAGAUGCGAUCAAAGCGGCCGUGGGCCAGGCGCGUACGGUCCACCCGCUUGGCAGCGAUGUCGUGAGGGAUGAGGAAAAUCAGGCGCUGGAUCCGCCGGCCCGCCGUUGAUGUCUUUCCUUGGCGACCCCGGCGCCGGCUCAAUUUAUUGUUAGUAACAUACUGAUUGCUAAAGGCUAGUUCUGGUGUAGUUGAGUUCCCAAAAGGUACUGCGGUGCCAGGGUGAUAGUUAUUUUAUUGUAAUUUUGUUUCCAAUAUAUUCACUAAUUUGUCGAACAUUUUUCACUCUUUACACAAAAUUGAUUCCAAAUUUCUCAAAAGUCCCUAUAUUUUCUCCAUAUCAUCAAAACAUUUUACGCGG